AUGAUAUUUGUAAACUUUGUUUUAGCCGUGUUGGCUAUAUGCUCCAGCUCAGUGCUUGCGGGGCCCAAGGAAGACGGCAUCGCGUUUCUAGAAGCAAACAAAGCUCAAGAGGGAGUUAUUGAGUUGAACAGUGGAUUGCAAUACAAGGUGUUGAAUAAAGGAAGUGGACUCCACCACCCCACAGUAAGUUCACCAUGUAUGUGCCACUACCACGGUACACUUAUCGACGGGACAGUCUUUGACAGCAGCGUGGACCGUGGAACACCGAUUAAGUUUGCUCCGAAUCAGGUCAUAGCCGGUUGGACAGAGGCAAUGCAGCUGAUGGUGGAGGGCGACAAGUUCGAGCUGUACAUUCCUUCCGAACUCGCCUACGGAGAGCGCGGCAGUGGCGCAAAGAUACCCGGCGGUGCCGCCCUAGUAUUCACCAUUGAGAUGCUCGAAAUCUUGGGUGAUAAGGUGGAUGCGUGGAAGUGCAAUGUAGUCACCAAGGAACACUGCACGGAUCGCGAGAACACGUACAUUGACAAGAUGAGCGCCAAGGGAAUUGACGACAACCAGAAAGAGCUGGAGCGUGUGACAAAGAUCAACAAGGGCAAGCUCAAGCCCGAGCUGAAGAACUGGAACUCUGUGCGCAUCAAGAUUCUGGAGGGCUUGGCGACGCCCAAGAGCGAGAACGAGGCUGUGGAUGUGGCUGAGUCGGUGGACAGUGAGGGAACGAAAGAUGAACUGUAG